AUGAAAAAGCUUAGGCGAAUCGCCAAAUUGUUCAUUUUCUGGGUUUUGGUCUCACUCAACACUCGAGCUCUCUCCACCGAUAUAGGAGAUGGAUGCCAAAAGCAUGCUAAAACCAAGGAGGAGAAGCCAUCCAUUGCAAAGAUUGUCAUGGGCACGGUUUCUCGCCUCAAAGAAUCCCAUAAGAUCUCGUGGAUCAAGAUCAAGACCAUCAUGAACAACGUGCAGCUCCACUUCUUCCCUCCAGAUUUAGAUUUUAGAAGCAGGGACGAUGCGAUUGUCGACAACCAGAACAACGCGGGCUCAAAGGUGGAACACGUGGUCAAGAAGAGCUUUGGGACUAGCAAAGUGACGGUGGAGGAGACUGCGAAAUCCACAGCCGAAGUUGUGGGACAAGCCGUGCGCAAGACAGCGGAGAAGGUUAAAGAAAGCAUGUCUGAUGAAGAUGAAGGCGAAGAGUCAAAAUCAGAGCUUUAA